CGGUGGCCCGUCACGCUGCUGCUGCGGCGCUCCAAGUUCACCUCCGCCCCGGGGCUCUCCUGCCCCACCUCGGGGCUGCCGCCACCCGCUCCUUAUUCUCUGGCCCUGGCCUUGCUGCGUGGCGACAAUGGACAAGAUCCUGGAGGGCCUUGUGAGUUCUUCGCAUCCCCUGCCCCUCAAGCGGGUGAUUGUGCGGAAGGUGGUGGAAUCGGCGGAGCACUGGCUAGACGAGGCGCAGUGCGAGGCCAUGUUUGACCUGACGACCCGGCUCAUCCUGGAGGGCCAGGACCCUUUCCAGCGGCAGGUGGGGCACCAGGUGCUGGAGGCCUACGCACGAUACCACCGGCCAGAGUUCGAGUCCUUCUUCAACAAGACCUUUGUGUUGGGCCUCCUUCAUCAGGGCUACCACUCUCUGGACAGGAAGGAUGUAGCCAUCCUGGACUACAUUCACAACGGCCUGAAGCUGAUUAUGAGCUGUCCGUCGGUGCUGGAUCUCUUCAGCCUCCUGCAGGUAGAGGUGUUACGGAUGGUGUGUGAGAGACCGGAGCCGCAGCUCUGUGCCCGACUGAGCGACCUUCUGACCGACUUCGUGCAAUGCAUCCCCAAAGGGAAAUUGUCCAUCACGUUCUGUCAACAGCUGGUUCGAACGAUAGGCCACUUCCAGUGCGUGUCCACUCAGGAGAGAGAGUUGCGGGAAUAUGUCUCCCAGGUGACAAAAGUGAGUAACUUGCUGCAGAACAUCUGGAAGGCCGAGCCUACCACACUGCUGCCUUCUCUGCAGGAAGUUUUUGCAAGCAUCUCUUCCACAGAUGCAUCAUUUGAACCUUCUGUAGCAUUGGCAAGUCUUGUGCAGCAUAUUCCUCUUCAGAUGAUUACAGUUCUCAUCAGGAGCCUUACUACAGAUCCAAAUGUAAAAGAUGCAAGUAUGACCCAGGCCCUUUGCAGAAUGAUUGACUGGCUAUCCUGGCCAUUGGCUCAGCAUGUGGAUACAUGGGUAAUUGCACUCCUGAAAGGACUGGCAGCUGUCCAGAAGUUUACUAUUUUGAUAGAUGUUACUUUGCUGAAAAUAGAACUGGUUUUUAAUCGACUUUGGUUUCCUCUUGUGAGACCUGGUGCUCUUGCAGUUCUUUCUCACAUGCUGCUUAGCUUUCAACAUUCUCCAGAGGCGUUCCAUUUGAUUGUUCCUCAUGUGGUUAAUUUGGUUCAUUCUUUCAAAAAUGAUGGUCUGCCUUCCAGUACAGCCUUCUUAGUACAAUUAACAGAAUUGAUACACUGUAUGAUGUAUCAUUAUUCUGGAUUUCCAGAUCUCUAUGAACCUAUUCUGGAAGCAAUAAAGGAUUUUCCUAAGCCCAGUGAAGAGAAGAUUAAGUUAAUUCUCAAUCAAAGUGCCUGGACUUCUCAAUCCAAUUCUUUGGCGUCUUGCUUGUCUAGACUUUCUGGAAAAUCUGAAACUGGGAAAACAGGUCUUAUUAACCUAGGAAAUACAUGUUAUAUGAACAGUGUUAUACAAGCCUUGUUUAUGGCCACAGAUUUCAGGAGACAAGUAUUAUCUUUAAAUCUAAAUGGGUGCAAUUCAUUAAUGAAAAAAUUACAACAUCUUUUUGCCUUUCUGGCUCAUACGCAGAGGGAAGCAUACGCACCUCGGAUAUUCUUUGAGGCUUCCAGACCUCCAUGGUUUACUCCCAGAUCACAGCAAGACUGUUCUGAAUACCUCAGAUUUCUCCUUGACAGGCUCCAUGAAGAAGAAAAGAUCUUGAAAGUUCAGUCCUCACACAAGCCUUCUGAAAUUCUGGAAUGCAGUGAAACUUCUUUACAGGAAGUAGCUAGUAAAGCAGCAGUACUAACAGAGACCCCUCGUACAACUGACAGUGAGAAGACUUUAAUAGAAAAAAUGUUUGGAGGAAAAUUACGAACUCACAUAUGUUGUUUGAACUGCAGGAGUACCUCACAAAAAGUGGAAGCCUUUACAGAUCUUUCGCUUGCCUUUUGUCCUUCCUCUUCUUUGGAAAACAUGUCUUUCCAAGAUCCAGCAUCAUCACCCAGUACACAAGAUGGUGGUCUAAUGCAAGCCGCUAUACCCAGUCCUUCAGAAGAACCAGUAGUUUAUAAUCCAACAACAGCUGCCUUCAUCUGUGACUCAGUUGUGAAUGAAAGAACCACAGGCAGUCCUCCUAAUGAGUUUUACUGUUCUGAAAACACUUCUGUCCCUAACGCAUCUAACAGGAUUCUUGUUAAUAAAGAUGUACCUCAGAAACCAGGAGGUGAAACCACACCUUCAGUAACUGACUUACUAAAUUAUUUUUUGGCUCCAGAGAUUCUUACUGGUGAUAACCAAUAUUAUUGUGAAAACUGUGCCUCUCUGCAGAAUGCUGAGAAAACUAUGCAAAUCACAGAGGAACCUGAAUACCUUAUUCUUACUCUCCUGAGAUUUUCGUAUGAUCAGAAGUAUCAUGUGAGAAGGAAAAUUUUAGACAAUGUAUCACUGCCACUGGUUUUGGAGUUGCCAGUUAAAAGAACUACUUCUUUCUCUUCGUUGUCAGAAAGUUGGUCUGUAGAUGUUGACUUCACUGAUCUUAGUGAGAACCUUGCUAAAAAAUUAAAGCCUUCAGGGACUGAUGAAGCUUCCUGCACAAAAUUGGUGCCCUAUCUAUUAAGUUCUGUUGUGGUUCACUCUGGUAUAUCCUCUGAAAGUGGGCAUUACUAUUCUUAUGCCAGAAAUAUCACAGGUACAGAGUCUUCAUAUCAGAUAUACCACCAGUCUGAGGCUCUGGCAUUAGCAUCCUCCCAGAGUCAUUUACUAGGGAGAGAGAGUCCCAGUGCAGUUUUUGAACAGGAUUUGGAAAAUAAGGAAAUGUCAAAAGAAUGGUUUUUAUUUAAUGACAGUAGAGUGACAUUUACUUCAUUUCAGUCAGUCCAGAAAAUUACAAGUAGGUUUCCAAAGGACACAGCUUAUGUGCUUUUGUAUAAAAAACAGCAUAGUACUAAUGGUUUAAGUGGUAAUAACCCAACCAGUGGACUCUGGAUAAAUGGAGACCCACCUCUGCAGAAAGAACUUAUGGAUGCUAUAACAAAAGACAAUAAAUUAUAUUUACAGGAACAAGAGUUGAAUGCUCGAGCCCGGGCCCUACAAGCUGCAUCUGCUUCAUGUUCAUUUCGGCCCAAUGGAUUUGAUGACAAUGACCCACCAGGAAGCUGUGGACCAACUGGUGGAGGGGGUGGAGGAGGAUUUAAUACAGUUGGCAGACUCGUAUUUUGAUCCUGAGAGAGUCCAAAAUGCACCGGUCACGAAACAUCUAAUACCAUGACUGUUAAAAUGUCACAGACUAUAACAAAUAUCUAUCUUUUAUUUUUCAUUAGACCCUUAUACUUCAAGAGAACACAUUCAGUGCUUGUUUUUAUUUUCUUGACACAUUUAUUAACAAAAUGCAUCAUGGAAAAAAAAUCUACCUCUUAAAAUUCCAUUUGCUUUUAUGGUUAGACAUGCUUGACCAAAAAUGUUCAGAAGAAAAUAUGUACCUGGUCCCUAAUUAAGCUGCAUUAAAUUUGGUAGAAGCAUUUAAAUGGUCUAUCUUCAGUUUUACUGAACAAAAAAUGUAAUUUAUUUAGCAUUCUUUAUAAAAGAAUUGAUGCUAGAGGUAAAAAAAAAAAAAAAAUACUUGUUUUUAAAAAAUCCUUUAUGUCUUGUGUAAUUACCCCAUUAUUAAAUUCAAGUCUUUAAAAAUCAACUAGAGAUGAUAAAGUCUCUAAGGAAGGCAAUAACAAAAUUUAUCAAGAUAUAGUACUUUUCAGUUUUUGUGUAGUGUCUUCAGCAUCACUGUAUCUGUAUUUCAAGUACAAAUGUUUUUAAAAAGGAUUCUUUAUACAUAUGUGCUGAAUUGAUUUUAAGAAAGUUGCAUGAUCCUGUAGGAGCAACAUUUUUACCUAAAAAAUGCUAACUUUGUAGUAUUUCUAAUUGUUCAAGGAUUUUAAAAUUCUAUUUCAGGGAGUAUAUCUUCUGUGUGUUUUGAAGGAGGUGAGUUCUGUAUGUGCCUUGCAGUACUGUAAUUCAAAAAUAGGAAUCUUUGGCUGCGAAAUGUUUUUUUUUUUUUUAAAUGAAAUGUUAGGAAGUAAUUUUUGUGCUAACAUUAAAAUUAUAACUUUUUGAAAGGUAAUAGAUUUUCCUUAAGUAAAAUCUGAUGGUUCUAAAUCAAUCAAUGUGAUAGUUCAUUUUUAACUCUUAGAAGAAUUCAGAGGAAAUGAACCCAGCUAAGUAUAAAAUCUUUCUUGAUUUUGUUACUUAUUCCUCAGAAUAUUAAACAUUGAUCACAUAUUUUUAGAGUUGUACAUUUGGGUUUUUUGUUUGUUUCAGUCAUAUGUUUUGCACCGUUGUUUCUAUUUUCAUAGUUCUAGAUAAAAUGUUAAAAUGCCAAACCCUACCUUCCUACACUUUCUUUUGCCAGGAAACUGGAAACAUGUCAGUUCUCCUGGUUCUUGAUUAUACAGUACUCAAGAAUUAUCCCAGUUAUCCCCCUUCCUAAAGGUUUUAACUUAUCCACAGUUGUUCAUUGUUCUCAAGAUUGGUCUCAUAUUUAUUUUGAAAACAUUUUAAGGAAAAGAAUGUUCUUCGAUUAUUUGGGGCUUAUCUUUCUCCCAAGCUUUUAUGGCAGUGGUUAAAAAAAACAGAAAUCCUCAUGUUUAUUCCACUACCUCCCAUUCCUAACCUGUUUCCAGUCACCAGGAAGAUUAGGAGGGCGGAUUAGAUUAAAAACUGAAAAUUCUUUGCAGAUUUAAUCAAGGUUCUCCUCCUUAUAAAUGAAUGAACCAGUUAUCAUGCUUUUCUGUGGUCUUCUUAUCCCAAUAGUGAAUUUCUGAGCUAUCCUGUGUAUUCAGUUAUCCACUUACUUGAUAGCAACUUAUGAUCAGAUUAUAUCAGUCUUGGCAUUUAUUGAAAUUGGUAAAGUGAUUUAAUAUUUGAUAGAUUGAUAUUGGGCUAAGAUGCUUCUAGCAACUUUCAUAAAAGCAAUUAGACUUACGCAGCUUUAUCUAUGAAUAUCAAUCAGGUCUCUCAAGGAUUUUAUGUAUCAAGAUAAUAUGUAUUGACUUUUUUAAAUGAUAAAAUGAAUUCUAGUUAGAGUCUUUCCUUAGUAUCUGCAGUGGAUUGGUUCCAGAACACCAUCCCCCAAUAUUAAAAUCCACAGAUGCUCAAGUCCCUUAUUUAUAUAAAAUAGCACAGAAUUUGCAUAUAACCUAUGCACAUCCUCCCAUAUACUUUAAUCUCUACAUGAUGAGAUAUGAUUGCAUAGCACUUACAUUGUGCUAUGUACUUGUUAUAUUGUUUUUUCAUUUGUGCUAUUUUUUAUUACAUUUAUUGGUUUUUUAAAUUUUCUAUCCAAAGUUGUUUGAAUCUACGGAUACAGAGCCUGAGGAUAUGGAAAGCUGACUGAAUACAGUAACACUGAGAGUAUUCAAAUAACUUCAUACCAGUACCAAAAACUUGAAGACUUCCUUUUAACAUUAAAAAUAUAGUAACCUUUUACAUGAUUUGUUGAAUUCAAAAUAUUUGGAACCAGAAUAAUCAGAAACUUCAUUCAAAACCUAUGCAGCUGAACUUUUUUAGUAAGGUAAUACUCAGGACUGCUGUGAUUCUAACAGAUCCCUGUGACUUAAUUACAGAUUUAUUUGUCAUAUUAGGUCUUUUCUUUCUCCCAUAUUCCUAACCCUUGUGCUUAGCUCCAACUCUUGUGAGAUUUAACUCUGAAGACUGAGUAGAGUGCUACUGCUGUUUGUCUUUCCUUUAGUCCAGAGUAAUCAGUUUAAAUGAAGUUGCUUAUUACUGCUAAGAAGCAUUAGGCUUCACUGCUAGCAAAAAUGAAAAACUGUAAAUCUGAGUCUUUCUUUCAAAGAUGUUUAUUGACACAAUUAAAGUAAAAACUUGUUUAGAGAUAUGCAAAGAAGGAAAUAUAUAGGAUGUCACACAAGCUCUGAUAACCUAUCCACUAAGCAGGUGCCUAUGCAACUCUGAUUUAUGGCAUUAACAUAUCUCAAAUUGGAAGAAGGAUUCUAGCUCAUUCUCCAUUCAAGCAUCUUCCCACUGCCUCUCUUCCAGUUAAAUAAUCAGAGAAGCAGGGCAGCAUAUGCCUGGAGAUCCCUGACGUUUAUCUCCGUACCUUAAAUUGUUGAUAGAUCCUUUGGAUGUAGAGAUAAAAAUCCAUCAUGAUGUCUAGAGGUACUGGGGGGUCCAUGUGAAAGGUUCAAACAACCUAUUACAUAUAACGCACAUCUGGAAAGAAUAAAAAUUUUCAAGCUAAGUCUUAAGUUCAAAUCUA